AUGAUUGCGGUUAAUACGAACACGAAUGCGGUUAAUACGAACACGAAUACGGUUUAUACGAACACGAAUGCUAUUGAUACGAUUAAGAAUGAAGUGAUUAAUACGAAUUCUACGAUUUUGAAUGCCCCUAUCAGAACAACACCAGCGAUAAUGACGCCAAAGCUUGCCAAACUUCAAUUGCCAGAAUUCAGUGGAAAGAUAACAGAAUGGAACGCCUUUUGGGACUUAUACAAUGCUACGAUUCACAGCAACGAGAGUAUGUCUAAGGUAAACAAAUUCAAUUACCUAUUCUCAUUACUUGAGGGUAGUGCAGCACGUUCGAUAAAGGGACUUACCUUAAAAUUCGCAAAUUAUGACGCAGCAAUUGCGAUUCUGCAAGAUAGAUUUGGUCGAACCCAACAGGUCAUUGCCGCACAUAUGGAUCAAAUCCUACAAAUAUCUGCAUGUUCUGAAAAUCGUACUGGGCAAUUGAGAUAUAUUUUCGAUCAAAUAAGUGUUCAAGUGCGAGGACUUGAUUCGCUUGGGGUAUCUGCAAACCAGUACGGCAGUCUGCUAAUACCAAUUAUAAUGUCCAAACUACCGAGUGAAGUAAGAUUGCAGGUAGCACGAAAAGCUACUGGUGAUGUUUGGAAAAUUGACGAGUUGCUCAAAACCAUAAAGUUUGAAGUUGAGGCACGUGAAAUGAGCGAGUCAUCGCGUUCGAUUGAAAAACCUAAGAACAAAGAUAAGCCCAACAAGCCAUCGACAGCUGGAACAUUUGUAGUGACAAAAUAUGAUAAAGACGGUGCCUGUAGCUUCAAGGUUAAAUGCGUAUACUGCCAAGGAUCCCAUUAUUCAGCAUCUUGUGAAGAGGUAAAGGGAAGGAUGCCCGACUUAAAAUUCUAA